GCUUUUUUGUUUUGACUGACAGACUAUUUUUGCAUUGUCUCUCAAACGUCACCUUUUGCUGAAGAAGACUACACUGAACUUCAACUCUGAAGACUGGCACACCUCCGAGGAGACUAUGAACGUGCUGUCAAACCCAGUGAUCAGGGCCCAGGAGCAGUCUCUACCUCUCUGUGGCCCCGGGUCUGUCCAGGACUUACCUCACUGCCCUCCAGGGUUCAACCUGAGCUCUCGCCUCCACCCUGCACCAAUGCUCGGCCUCCAGAGCGGCCAAAGAUCGACCAAACCUCAGAGGGAGCUGAGCCCCGAGGAGCAGCAGGAGCUCAGGAGGAAGAUCAACAGCAGAGAGAGGAAGCGGAUGCAGGACUUGAACAUUGCCAUGGAUGCCCUGAGGGAGGUCAUGGUGCCUUACGCCUCCUCACCUUCUUCCGCCUCCUCCUCUCAGUCGCACCAGCCCGGUGCUCCUCCGGGCCGCCGGCUCUCAAAGAUCUCCACCCUGGUCCUGGCCAGGAACUACAUCCUCCUCCUGGGUUCGUCUCUGCAGGAGAUGCGGCGGCUGCUGGGGGAGGUGAGCAUCGGGAUGGGGGUGAACACAGGGCCGGUCCCUCGGCUGCUGCUCACUGGAGGGUGGCCCCUCAUCUCCGGUCCCGGUCAGCUCCUCCUCACCCAGGAAUCCCUCCUCACCUCAGCAGCCUCCUCCUCCUCAUCCUCUUCCUCCUCCACUUCAUCAUCUUCUGCAGCUAAAUGUCCCCUGCUGUCUCCGGGCCCCAUGGAGGCCUCGCUCGCCCCAGUGCAGUGGAGCUCUGCAGGGGCCUCAGGCGGGCCCCUGUGCCCCUGUGGAGUCUGCAGACUGCCCAGAUUCAGCCAUUCCACUCCGGUUCCCAGAUUCCCAAAGUGA